AUGAUAUUUGCAUUAAGUCGUCUGAAGGGUUGUAUACACUUAUGGAUUUUUAUUGCUUUUUUUGCUAUAUCAAAUGCUCAGAGCAAUUUAACUGCAUUAACAUCGAUCAAAAUAUGUCCCAGUUCACAAUCAUUAUGUGGUGAGAGCAUUUGUUACGAUCCAGCUAUACAAAACUGUACUGAGCUCGACAAAAUUGUUCAAUGUAUUGGUAUUUGUGGAAAUCAAUGUUACAAUCCAAAUACACAUCAAUGUUUCAAUGGUACACUAUCAGCCGAAUCAAAUUCAAUUAUGCGACGAUGUGUGUUAUGA